AUGGCUCGCACCAAACAAACCGCACGCAAACACCCAAAGCAAUUUGGCAAGGUACUGCAACCCUACGGCAAACCUGUUCGAGUACAGCAUCGUGCGAUGAACGCAGCAAAACAUGCUGUCAUCAGUAGGGCACUUCCUGAACCCAUCCGUAUUUUCCGCAUCCCAGUCACCAAGGCCGAGCUGUCUAUGGACAAAUGGGACGCACAAGCACCUCACAGGAUCCACUACGGCGUUCCGCAACUGAUGAACUACGGUGCAGAGGAUACCGGUCGGUUUGAGUGUUUGCGGGUUCCUGUCUUGAAGGACCAGCGGCUUCUCGGCUAUGUGCCCCUCCCCACCAGAUAUCGUUCGUCCUGGGUGUAUCUUUGCUACUGUGUGGAGUACUGGCUCUCCAUAUGGAAAUGUUGGGAUGAAGAGUCGAAGAGGAAGCAGAAGAAGACUAAAAAGACAAAUAUCAAGACCCAGGAAGAAAGGGCGGGCCUGGUUGACACCUCUCGCAAGAAUGCCGGUUCACGUUUCCUUCAAGCUAUGGUUGCCAGGAGAGCGGUGUUGGAGGAGUGCAUGACGAACGGUGUGAAUGAUGAGCGGAUUGAAUCACUCGACGAAUUCAUCAUUCGCAAUCACCGAGAUUGGCUAUUCAUGGAGUUCGACGAGCUGCCUGACGAUGCGGACAAAUAUUUACAGGCGGAUCCGUUGCACGCUGGGAACAAGAAGCUUUUCGAAACGGGCUGGGGUGUGAAGGAGGAUAACAUCCCGACGAUGCUUGGUCAGGCGGACAAUGCAUGGAUGUCCAAGGGACUUGACCUCUCAGAGAUGUUCAAGAGAUCCAUGAAUGCAGCGCUCAAGGAGCUCAAGACUGGGGGGGAAGGGAUCGACAUCCCAUACAACGAAAACGCCGAAUUGCCAGACAAGUGGCACGAGUCCCAUGAGCCUCCAAUUCGAUUCAUCAGCGAACGAAAGGACGCGUUUCUACGCCAGGGAUUCACCCUAGAUGAACCUCUGGUCUUUUUGUACCAUUGCUUGCGGGCCGAGGAGGAGAUCGAGCGUGGAGACUUCCUGAGGGAAAUUAUGGACAUGCUUGCCACUGACGAGACACGACAGGAGUGGUCGUUGCGCGUCGACCAGCUGAUCGACGGCGAGAUGACAUGGGACGACUUCAGUAAUUUAGUGGCUGAUGAGUUGGAUUUGGAGUUGGAUCAGCGGGUCAACAGCAUGGGUCCAGAUGAUGUUGAGCUUGACCUCCCGUUUCUCAAGUUGGAUGCAAGGAUUGCAGUGCGAGCUUACCUACGCAACUCGACAAGCAACCCCGACACUGCUGCCAAUAUAUUUUUUCAGAGCAUCAGUCGAUUUUCUGAUCCAGAUGCCAACGAUCUCAAGCUGUGGGAUUUGGUUAUAAAAACAGCCAAACCCAAAACUGUAACUAAAGUGCUGAAGGAAGCACAUGGCCAGAGUUUGAAAUUGUCGGACAUGCGCCAAGGUGAUGAGGGUGCUAGGCUGACCGACACUGGUCACACACAACCAACACCUCCUGCUAAAGUUAUGCAAUCCAACACAGAUGUAGAUCAGGCAGAGGCAGAAUCAAGGGGAAAUAGUCCUGACAAUAUUUGUCUUGACAGUGAACGGUCUGCAGUCCAACCAUCUUGGGUGCCUUUGUCAAAGCUGAUGGUUCCUAGCUCACAUGGACAUAUUCAUUCGAACGCUGGCGAGAACUGGGGGGAUCAGCUAACAACACCAUCGAACACCCCUCCUAACCAUACUACUGAUGCCAUAGUUGAAGAUCAGGAUGGUUCGCAAUUCACUGCAGAGAACAUGGAAGAUGGCAGGUGGACCGGAAGCGAUAACUUCAUCCCAGAAUCGCUUUUCUCCUUGGCGGACGUGCAACAGGCCAUCGAUGCUUUCAGUUACGAUGGCAUUUCGUUCAACGAGUUCCGCAACAUAUUGUUGACCGACAUCCCUCCAAUCCAUGUCAACACUGUACAAGAAGCCCUGCGAACACUUGAUUCUGGUCGUGCAGACAAGAAGACGCUCCAUGGUUUGCUCAAGACAUUGGAAACAGAAGAGGCAAUACUCAUUGUUACAUGUUUGUGA